AUGGUGUUGGAAGGAGUCCUCGCGGGCAUCCUCAACCGCACUCUCUCCGCCUACGUCGACAACCUCAACACCAGCCAGCUCAACGUCGGAAUCUGGUCGGGCGAUGUCAAGCUCCGCAACCUCCGCCUCAAGAAGGAGGCGCUCGACAAGUUCCGGUUACCGGUCGAUGUGGUGGAAGGCUAUCUUGGCGACCUGACCCUGUCCAUACCUUGGUCCAACUUGUCGGGCAAGCCCGUCCGUGUCCUGAUCGAGAACGUCUACCUCCUCGCCGUCCCGACCGACUCGUCGAAAGCGACACCGGAAGAAGAUGCAGCUCGAGCGCAGGCGGCGAAACUCGAGAAGCUCGAGAACGCAGAGAUGCUCACGACGCAUCCUGCGCCUGGGUUGAGCGCGGAGGAGGAGCAGAAGAACCAGUCGUUCACGACGAGCUUGAUCAACAAGAUUGUUGACAACUUGCAGAUUGAGAUCCGCAACAUCCACAUCCGGUACGAGGACAAGCUGUCGGUCCCCGGCCACCCCUUCUCCGUCGGCCUCACCCUUUCCCGCUUCUCCGCCGUCUCGACCGACGAGAACUGGCAGCCAACCUUCAUCACGAAGCACGCUGGCCCGGUGCACAAACUCGCGACGCUCGACUCGCUCGCCGUCUACUUCGACACCGACUCGCCCUCUCUCGCCGGUCACGAACUGAGCGACGCGAUCGUGAAGUUCACCGACUUGAUCGCGCGCGGGGGUCACACGCCUUCGCACCAGUUUGUCCUGAAACCCGUUUCGGGCCAGGGACGGCUCGUAAUGAACAAGAAGGUGGACGCGCACACGCCCAAGACGGACGCCGAGCUCCUCUUCCAGGAACUUGGCUUCGUGCUCGAUGCGGACCAGUACCGCGACGCGCUGUCGAUGGUCGACUUGUUCCACUUCUACAUCCGCCAACGCGAGUACCGCUCGUUCCGACCGCCGCAGGAGGAGUUUGAGAAGAACAGGAACCGCGCGUUGUGGAAGUUUGCGACGAGCGCGAUCAGGAGCGAGGUCCAUGAGAAGCAUAGGCAGUGGAGCUGGGAGUACUUUGCGGAGCGGAGGAACGACAGGAAGGCCUACGUCGACUUGUUCAAGAAGAAGACGCUCGGAACCAUCGACGUCGAGGAAUCGCAAGAACUCGUCGACCUCGAGGUCAAGCUCGGUUACAAGGACAUCCGGUUCUACCGCUCGAUCGCACGGUCCGAGAUGCGCAAAGACCGGAUCGAGCACCCGCCUCCUCCAAAGCCGCAGACGACCACGGCAAAGGCGACUUCGUGGAUCGGAUCGUGGGUCGGAUGGGGCGGCGGCGGCGGCUCAGCUGCGGCUGCGGACCAGCACGAGUCGGACGACCCGUCGUCGGGACUGAACGAGGAGCAGCGGAAGGAGCUGUACAAGGCGAUCGACUGGGACGAGAAGGACGCGGUCGCCAACGCCGUCGACUACCCCGCCGAUACGCUCCUGCUCCGCGUCAAAGCCAAGCUCGAGACGGGCUCGUUCGCGCUCCGCACCGACCCGCAUGGUACGGCAAAGGAUCUCAUCGCGCUCAACUUUGACGACUUGCGACUCGACAUGGCGCAGCGGCCAGAGAACCUCGAGGCGACUCUCGCGCUCGGUGGGUUGCGCGUAUUUGACGGGACGUGCGAGAACACGCUGCAUGAGCAGGUUGUGCGGGUCAAGGAGAUUGCGGCGGAUGAGGAGGAGCAGCGCCGGGCGAAGAAGAAGCAGCGCGCGAGGUUGCCGCCGCCCGAGGAGCGCGAGGCGGACGACGACGUCGGGCAGUACGACGACGGCGAGGAGGAGGUCGAAGACGAGAUUGCGCGAGACGGGGUUGGCGAGUGGGCGAUGCAGGAGAACCCCUUCUUCUCGCUCAAGUUCGAGCACAACCCGCUCGACAAGCGCGCCGACAAUGCCCUCGCGGUCCGACUGCGACACACCGAGAUCGUGUACCACCGAGGUUACGUCGAGGCCAUCUUUGCCUUCUUCCAACCGCCGGAGAGCCAGCUCGAGUCGGUCGGUGCGCUCAUCGACGUCGCGAGCGAGACGCUCGAGGGCAUCCGCAAGGAGACGAGGGCCGGUCUCGAGUACGCUCUGCAGCAGCACAAGACGGUGGACGUCCAGCUCGACCUCAACGCGCCGAUCAUCAUCAUUCCGGAGAGCAUGACUCAGAAGGACUGCCAGCACAUCGUCCUCGACGCCGGCCACAUCUCGGUCGUGAGCGAGUUGGCGGACCAGUCGGCCAUCGACGCCGUCAAGGCCAAGGAACAUCAAGAGUAUCAAGAGGAGGACUACAAGCGCCUCGAGAGCCUCAUGUACGACAAGUUCUACGUCAAGCUCGAAGACGCCCAGCUCCUUAUGGGACCCUCGCUGCAGACUUGCCUUGACGCUCUCGAUAUCAAGGGCGACCAUCACUCCAGCUCGACCGGCGAGCUGCACAUCCUGGAACGGACGUCCCUCACCUUCCUCGCCCAGAACUGCAUCCUCGCUCAGGCGCCGAACCUCACCCGCUUCAAGGUCUCCGGUUCGCUGCCGACUCUCCAGCUCAACUUCUCCGACCGCAAGUACAAAUCGCUCAUGCGCAUGAUCGACGUCGCGAUCCCGCACUUUGGCGACGAGGACGUCCAGGUGCAGCGACCGGGACCUCAGCCCAAUCAACGGGGCACGUCGUUCGCCCAAUCUCGAUCGAGGGCUGCGACGCUCGAUGAUGACGACGAGGACCUGCAUGUCGGGCACUAUACCGACUCGGAGAGCGCCGAGGGCGACGCGGGCGACGACGAGGACGACAAGGAUGGCGGCAAGGACGAGUUCUUCGAUACCCCCGACAUUGCCGACGGCAAGCAGAACAUCCAUCAGAAGACGUUCGAGUUCAGCUUCUCCGUCGACCGCGUGCAGGGCUCGAUUUACCGCUCAAACGCGGAUCCGACGAAGCCAGAUCGGCUGCUCGUCAACGCCGUCCUCGAAGGCUUCAAGGUCGGCUUUGAGCUUCGUCCGUACGACAUGAGUGUCGACGUCGUCCUGCGCUCGCUCUACCUUGAGGACAAGAUGACCGCCGCUCAGAACUCCGACUUCCGGCACCUCUUGACAAGCGAGAAGCUCGAAGGCGGCCACGAGCAUGAUCUCGUCCGUGUGCGCUACCAGGGCGUACAGAAGAGUUCGCCCGAGUUCAUGACGGUCCACGAAGGGUUCGACAAGUCCGUCGACGUCGAGAUGUCCACGCUCAACCUCGUCGUCACGCGGAGCAGCAUCCUUCUCCUCUUCGACUGGAUCAUGACGACGUUCACCGACCCGGUCGACGCACCGGCGCCAUCAUCGCCGCAAAUCGAAGGCGCCGAGAACGAGAUGCAGGUCGAGGAGGCCAAUACGGACAAGCUGCGGGUGAAGGUCAAGCUCACGAGCAUCAACCUCAUCCUCAACGAGGACGGCUUGCGACUGGCGACGCUCUCGUUGUCUGCCGCCGACGUUUCCGUUCUCCUUCGCGGCCCGACGAUCCGCGUUGCCACCCACCUCGGCAACCUCUCGCUUCACGACGACUUCAGCUCGUCGACGCCGCAGGAGAUGUUGACCAUCCAGGGCGACGAGUUUGCCGACUUCCGCUACGAGACUUACGACCCGACCGACAAGACGACGUAUCCCGGCUACGAUACGAGUGUCCACCUGCGAAGUGGCUCGUUGCGUUUCACCUUCCGCUCCGAGCCCGUCCACCGCAUCCUCGCAUUCUUCACCAAGUUUGGCCGCAUGAAGGCCGUGUACGAUGCGGCAACGCAGGCGGCGGCGCAACGAGCGACCGAGAUGCAGACGAUGAUUCCGAAGAUGCACUACGACAUCCUCGUCAAGACGCCGAUUCUCGUGUUCCCACACGAGGAGGCGAAACGUGCCGACGACACGAUCGUCGCCAAACUCGGGGAGCUCAGCCUCAAGAACGACUUCGAGGUCACGGACGAGGUCGUCAAGACGAAGAUCAGCUUCGGCCUGCACGAGGUCGGGCUCGAGUCCACGCUCUACCACGGCGGCGAGGCGCAUUCCCUGCCCGUUCUCGACGGUGUCCGCAUCGACGUCAACGUCACCCUGCACGAAAGCGUCGAUCCAGCGAAGGAGCUCGAGGCGCCUGGCACGCUCGUUUCGGCCAAGAUGUCGGACAUCAAGAUGAAGCUGACCCAGGCGCAGUAUGGUCUCCUCAUCCACCUCUCACAGACGAUCCCGUCCGCGUUCGCCUUCGAUGAGGAAGAACUUGACGACGAGGCGUCCGCAAUGAUCGAGGCUGCUCCCGUUCCUCCGCCGCCAAAGAGGGUUGUCGAGGCUGCCUUCAAGGGCAGGAACGACGACGUCGUACGCGACGCACAUGGCGCCGAGGUGGUCGACCUUCUGCCCGAGCUGCCAAAGUCGGCCAAGACGAUUGACGGCGAGCAAGUCCAGCUCAAGUCGACCCUCGAGGUGGACUUUGCUGUCAACACCGUCUUCCUCGAACUCUUCACCGAGGCAGCGACAUCGACGGAAAGCCUCGAGGAGGCGAGCCUGGCGCGCUUCGCCCUCAACGACACCGCCGUCAAGUACAAGAUGGUGUCGAACGGGUCGAUGGAAGCCGAAGUCGCGAUCCGCUCGUUCACCAUCCACGACACCCGCCCCGCCCGCCUCACCAAGUUCCGCGAGAUCAUCCCCGCGACGAAGCAUUCGGGUCACCAGUUCAUGGUCCACUACACGCAGUCUGGCGGUCUCGACAAGAGUGCGAUCGCGAACGUCACAGUGGACUCGCCCAAGAUCAUCUUCUCGCUCGACCCGCUCUUUGCGCUCGUCGACUACUUCUCGAGCGCUUUCCCGCAAGCUCCGAACGCUGGACAGGACGAGAACGACAUGGACGAGGGCCUCAAGGAAGCGGACGAGCAGAAGGUCGACCCGUCGCCGGCGACGGAAUCAACCCUCGCGUACCGCAUCAAUGUGGUCUCGCCGACGAUUAUCCUCCUCGAGAAUCCGGCAAAGGCAGACUCGGAGGCGGUUGUUCUGUCGCUCAGCCAGGCGCAGAUGACGCAGCAGGGCACGCUCGCCUUGACGAUCGCUCGCAUGGGCAUGUUCCUCUGUCGCAUGGACCGGCCGAAGGAGAACAUCCGGGUCCUCGACGACGUCGACGUCAUCCUUUCGAUGGACAGCAGGACAGACGGCGGACGGCAGGUCACCAACAUCGAGGUCGGGGUCCAGCCGCUCAUCCUCCGCGUCUCCCUCCGCGACAUCUUCCUCAUCAACUCGAUUAUCAACCGCGCCAUCGAGCUUUCGAACCGCGGGUCGUCUGCACCGGAAGAGCAGCCAGCUCGACCAGACCUCGAGUCGCUGCAGUCCGGCAAGGUCCGCACGCGCAGCAAGAGCGACGCCGCGACUCGACGACGAUCCGUGUCAGGCGGCUCAAGACCAGUCCGCGAGGACAUCGUGAAGGCGCAGGUGAUCGUCACGAAGGAGACGCUCCGCGCCACCUUCGACGGGCUCCAGCUCAUCAUCAUCGGCGACAUGCACGACCUUCCGCUGCUCGACCUCAAGGCUGGCAAAUUCACGGCCAAGGCGAAGGAUUGGUCAACAGAUGUGCGUGCACCCGCUCCUCCCGCGGAAGACGGCUCGCUGACCCAAGCUCCUCCGCCGCAGCUGGACGCGAGCGUUAUGAUCAAGCCGUUCAUCAACUACUUCAACCUGAAGGUCUCGCACUGGGAGCCUUUGAUGGACCCGUGGGAGUUUGGCGUGCACGUGACGCGCUCCGUCACGACCGGCCUCCUCGCCAUCGACGUCUCGUCGAAGAAGCGCCUCGAGCUCAACGUCACAUCGACCUUCAUCGAGGUCGCGAUGACCACGAUGUCGAUCAUGGACCGAGAAGGCGACAAGGUCUUCAAGAAACCGCGCGGCUCGAACGCUCCGUUCCUCAUCAAGAAUCGCACCGGCUACCCUCUCUCGCUGUGGAGCGAGAGCGCAGACGCCGGCGCGCAAGGUCAGCGGCUGGAUGACGGCGACGAUGUUCCCUGGCGGUUCGACGACUGGCGGACGGCGCGCGAGAAUGUCUCUGCGAGCACGCACAACUCGCUGACGGUUGCCUUCGACGGCUUGGGCUGGGAGCGACUCAAGCACGUGUACGUCGACCGCGAAGGCGAGCACAUCCACGCUCUGCGGCCGAAGAUCGACAAGGUCACGCACCGCCUGCUCUGCGACGUCAAGCUCGUCGACAACGUCAAGGUCGUCACGUUCCGCUCGACGUUCCUCAUCGAAAACAAGUCUCUCGUCAACGCCGAGAUGGUCAUUGUCGACGAGCACGGCAAGAAGGCAUCGCAGGUCUACAAGAUCCCUCCUGGCGGCGAAUGUGCCGUCCCCAUCCUGGCAGCCUACCACAACCGUAUCAAGCUGCGACCCGAUCCCGGCUUCGGCUACAACUGGUCGAGCGACAGUCUGCACUGGCAGGACCUCGUCAAGCGUCCAACCCGCGCCAUCGUCUGCAAGUCGCAGAAGGAGGCGGCUUUCCGCUUCCAGGCUUACGCUUUGCACGACAAGUCCGACCCGCUCGUCCGCAUCUACCCCAAGAUCACGCUCCGCUUGCGAGCGCCUGUCGAGGUGCAGAACCUGCUGCCGCACGACAUUCGCUACCGCGUCUUCGACAAGAACCUCGAGCACAACUGGACAUCUUUCCUGCGUGCAGGCGGGGUCAGCCCUAUCCACGUGGCCGAGCUGUCGCACUUGCUCCUACUCAGCGUCGAGGUGCAGGAUACGAAUCUCGGUCGAAGCGAGUUCGCGAUUAUCAACACCGACAACCCGGAGGACCUGCCAGUCGAGGGCGACCUUGUGUUGGCGGACAAGGAGGACCGCAAGCUCAACUUGCGCAUCCACUACCAAAAGCACCCAGACUCGGGCGGCGCGUUCAGGGUCCAGGUCUACUCGCCCUACGUCCUGAUGAACAAGACUGGCCUCCCAUUCGCGCUCAAGACCAAAUCGUUCUUCGGCUCGGCCAAGAGCGUCGCAGGUCUCGACGAGUUCUCCUCCGAGGCGGCCAAGCGCAAGCCAGAAGAUGCGUUCAUGUUCUCCUUCCCGACCGACGACCGGCGAAACCGGGCGCUGCUGCGCAUCGGCGACUCGAACUGGUCGGCACCGCUCAGCUUCGAGACGGUCGGUUUGACGACCGAAGUCGUCCUGCCGUCGGCGACCGGCAAGGAAGAGGUUCGGGUUGGUCUCAAGGUAACGGAGGGUCUCGGCGACUACAAGCUCACUCGUGUCAUCACCCUCUGCCCUCGCUUCAUCGUCAAGAACAACUUCGACGAGCCGGUUCGCAUCCGCGAGUUUGGCUCAAGCGAAGAGUCACUGCUGCAGGCCGGAGAACGACACCAUGUCGGCUUCCUGCGCUCGGGACAGUCCCCGCAACUCUCGCUGUCCUUCCCCGGCAGUCACCACUGGUCGGCGCCGUUCAAGCUGCAGGACGUGGGACAGAACUAUGUCCGCGUUCCCACCAGCUCGAGCGACGAGCGUCUCGCCCGCAUCGACGCCGUCCUCGAGGGACCAUGCAUCUUUGUUCGCCUCGACCCAGAGCAGGGCGCCUGGCCGUUCCUUCUCCGGAACGACUCGGACUACCCGAUCGACUUCUGGCAGGCCGAGCACGAUGGCGUACAAGGCGACGGCGAGCAGAGCAAGCGACGGCGGUACAGGCUCGAGCGAGGUUCGAAGCUUCCAUACGCCUGGGACCGCCCGGCGGACGACAUCCGACAGUUCCGCAUCUCGUGCGGCGGGCGGGAACGGGCAGUCAACCCUCUCGAGAUCGGCGCCCUCAUUCCUUUCCGCUUCAAUCACGAAGGACACACCGCCGUCAUCUCGAUCGAUGUCCGUGCCGAGGGUUCGACACAGGCCGUCACGUUCAGCAACUAUGUUGAGGAGGACAGCGUCUUCAAGCUGCAGCGGCGCAAUACGGAGACGAUCUCUCGCGCCGAGUCAAUCACGAGCAGCCGAGACGCCGUCUUCGAGGCUGUCGACGUUGACGUCGUGACGACCUUUUCCCUUAGCGUCAGCCUCGAGGGUAUCGGCAUCUCGAUCGUCAACCGCAAGAUGCAGGAGCUCAUCUACGCUUCGUUCCGCGGCGUCACGGCCAAGUAUGCGGACUCGACAACGAAUGUCGCCUACGACGUCGGCAUCAAGUGGAUCCAGAUUGACAAUCAGCUGUUCGGCGGUCUCUACCCGAUCCUCCUCUACCCGUCGGUCAUCCCGAAGGACAGCAAGGAGCUUGAGGUGCACCCGAGCUUGCAGGUCUCGGCGAUCCUACUCAAGGACGAGGCGCACGGCGUCAGCUACUUCAAAUAUGCCUCAAUCUUGCUGCAGGAGAUGACGAUCGAAGUCGACGAAGACUUCCUCUUCGCCCUCCUCGACUUUGCCAAAUUCUCCGGUGCGAACGGAAUGGCCGAGCAGGAAUCGAAACUCACGGAAGACCCGGAGGAGAUCCCCGAACCGACAGCGACAUCGAAGGGCGGCGAUCUCUACUUCGAAGUCCUGCACCUCCACCCGAUUCAGCUCGACCUCUCCUUCAUGCGGACAGAUCGCGUCAACGUCGAGCAGAAACUCAACUCUCACAACCCGCUCUACUUCUUCAUCAACGCCCUGACGAUGGCUCUCGGCAACGUCAACGACGCGCCUGUCCGGUUGAAUGCGCUCGUCAUCGAGAAUGCCCGACUGUCGCUGCCCGUCCUGCAAGAGCGGUUGACGGUGCACUACAGCGACGAGUUCUUCGGCCAGCUCUACCGAGUGCUCGGAAGUGCCGAUGUCCUCGGCAACCCGGUCGGCCUCUUCACCAACGUCUCUUCCGGCGUCGCCGACUUCUUCAUCCAGCCGUACGACUCGAUCAUGAUGAACGGCAACAAGGACCUCGGUAUCGGCAUCGCCCGUGGUGCCGGCAGUCUCGCCAAGAAGACCGUCUUCGGCCUUAGCGACUCGCUCACCAAGAUUUCCGGCAGUAUCGGCAAGGGUCUCUCGGCUGCGACGCUCGACAAGCAAUACCAGAGCCAGCGACGAAUGCGCCAGUUCCGCAACAAGCCCAAGCACGCCUUGUAUGGCGUUACUGCCGGAGCGACUUCGUUCGUCACCAGCGUCGCGAGCGGCUUCGAAGGUCUCGCGACGAAACCGCUCGAAGGAGCGGAGAAGGGUGGCGCAGCAGGCUUCUUCAAGGGCGUCGGCAUGGGUCUCGUCGGCGCCGUCACCAAGCCAGCCGUCGGCAUUUUCGACUUCGCCAACAAUGUCACGGAAGGUAUCCGCAACACGACAACCGUCUUUGACCAGACUGGUAUCGACCGCGUCCGCCUGCCACGCUUCACAGCAAGCGACGGCGUUUUGCGACCGUACUCGGAGCGAGAAGCACUCGGCCAGAACUGGCUCAAGAACGUCGAGAACGGCCGCUACUUCUCGGAGACGUACGUCGCACACCUCGACUUGCCGUCAUCUGACGACACGCUCGUCGUCAUCCUCACCACAACACGCAUCCUCCUCGUCCGCGUCAACAAGCUCAAGGUCGGCUGGGAUGUACCAAUCUCGGACCUUGCGACGAUAUCGCUCGAGGCCAGCGGCAUCACCCUCGUCCUCCGUGGCUCCGUCCCCGGCCCCUUCCUCGCCAUUCCCGACCAGAGCGCACGGUUGUGGCUCUUCCGUCACCUCGAGCGCAUUGUGCAAGCUCACAACGCCCGUCGCCUCGUCGAGUAG